GUGUCUUAUAACUGGAGCGAGUAUAUUCCAAUUACAUACUCGAGCGCGUAGGUUCUAUUUUUUGUUGUAGAAAAUAAAAGCGUAUAAAAUAUGAUUAAUUAAGGCAACCAAUAACUAUCGUACACAUCAGCAGUCUCAAACCAAUACGAUUAUUAAUAGAAAAAGCUGCGACUCCUGAGCCUCUCUCUUUCUAUCGCUCUUUGAUAAUUCGAUUUGUUCCUCAUUGUUUGCUUCAGAUUACGCAUUCGAAUCUGAUCUUCGUUGAUCUCUGUGGAAGAAACUGAUAAGAGAAAAUCGCAUGAAUUUUUUUGGAAAACUAGGUUUUAAUUCAUCGAUUUCAAGCUACUUCACUAAUACGUGUCUUCUGAUUUCAAUUCUUAGUUUUUCUCCUCAAUUGCCGAUUUCGCUCUUUCUUUUUGAGCAGAAAUCGUUAGAUCCUUUAUCGCUGAAUUAUAAUAAUAAUACUAAUUUUAAUAAUCCCGUGAGUAAUUAGUCUGAUCAUUGUUGAAUCAUGGAGUCCGGAGGCAAAACUAAUCGUCAGCUGCGUAAAGCUAUUUGUGUCUCAACAGACGAGAAGAUGAAGAAGAAGAGAUCACCUUCAGUGAUAGUGAUUGGAGGUGGUAUGGCUGGAAUUUCAGCUGCUCGCACUCUUCAAGAUGCUUCCUUUCAGGUUGUGGUAUUGGAGUCUCGUGAUAGAAUUGGUGGACGAGUCCACACCGAUUACUCAUUCGGUUUUCCAGUUGAUCUUGGUGCAUCUUGGUUGCAUGGUGUCUGUAAAGAGAAUCCUUUGGCUGCAGUAAUUGGUAGAUUAGGAUUACCCCUUUAUCGUACUAGUGGUGACAAUUCGGUUUUGUAUGAUCACGAUCUUGAGAGCUAUGCUCUAUUCGAUAAGGCUGGCAACCAAGUUCCUCAAGAGUUGGUUACAAAAGUUGGCGAAAAUUUUGAGCACAUUCUGGAAGAGAUCUCUAAAGUUAGGGAUGAGCAGGACGAAGACAUGUCAAUAGCUCAAGCCUUUUCUAUUGUAUUCAAGAGGAACCCUGAAUUGAGGUUGGAGGGGCUUGCUCACAAUGUGCUUCAGUGGUACUUGUGCCGCAUGGAAGGAUGGUUUGCUGCUGAUGCUGAAACCAUCUCGGCUAAGUGUUGGGACCAGGAAGAACUAUUGCCUGGUGGACAUGGUCUUAUGGUUAGAGGGUAUCGCCCUGUAAUCAACACUCUCUCGAAAGGUCUUGAUAUACGACUAAGCCACAGGGUUACCAAGAUUGUAAGGCGCUAUAGUGGAGUGAAGGUGACUACAGAGAAAGGAGACACGUUUGUUGCGGAUGCUGCAGUCAUUGCUCUUCCUCUUGGAGUCCUAAAGUCAGGAAUGAUAACAUUCGAACCAAAGCUUCCACAGUGGAAACAAGAAGCUAUCAACGAUCUCGGUGUAGGAAUCGAGAACAAGAUCAUACUGCACUUUGACAAUGUCUUUUGGCCAAACGUAGAGUUUCUAGGAGUGGUUGCAGAAACUUCCUACGGAUGCAGUUAUUUCUUGAACCUGCAUAAAGCCACAAGCCAUCCUGUCCUUGUUUACAUGCCGGCUGGUCAGCUCGCUAGAGACAUAGAGAAAAAGUCUGAUGAAUCAGCUGCAAAUUUUGCCUUUUCGCAACUCCAGAAAAUUCUUCCAGAUGCAUCUUCACCGAUAAAUUAUUUGGUAUCAAGGUGGGGAUCAGACAUCAAUUCAUUGGGAUCAUAUAGCUAUGACAUUGUGAACAAACCUCACGACCUCUAUGAGAGACUGAGAGUGCCAUUGGAUAAUCUAUUCUUUGCGGGGGAAGCCACUAGCUCGAGCUACCCAGGGUCAGUGCACGGUGCUUAUUCAACCGGAGUGCUGGCAGCUGAAGACUGCAGGAUGCGUGUGCUUGAGCGCUAUGGAGAGCUUGAACAUGAGAUGGAAGAGGAAGCUCCUGCUUCUGUCCCUCUUCUGAUCUCCCGUAUGUAAUUUGAACCUCAGGUUUUGUUUUUUCGUCUCCAUAUGUUAGAUUUGAUUUGACUAUUUAUGAUUUCAUGACUUUAAAAGUUUAUAAAGUAUCACUAGUUGGAACUCUCAAUGCCACACUCUGAUUUCCUUCAAAUCUGAUUCAGAUCUUUAGUCGAA